UCAUAUCAUCUUUUUCCUACAAAAAUCAAUUAAUUACGUAAAAAUUAACGCAAACAAAAACGGCGACCAUUUUUCGACGUAAAAUGAAGGUAUUACAUGCAAUCCUAAUGGUGAUGGUGGUGGUAAUGGUGGCGUUGGCGAAGGUGAAGUGUAAUUAUUCGAUAGCCUCGGGUGGAGGAAGGGCGGCGACAGAUGAAAUGAAAGGAGAUAGCGAUGCGGCAAGUAAGGGUUCGGCUCAAGUUGUUAAGGAGGUUUACGAGGAGGUGGGUGGUGGCGGUGGUGGUUCGUGGACAGAAUGGGCUAAGGAUAAGAUUCAAGGUGGGCUUGGGUUGAAGAAUGGUGAAAAGAAUGAAGGUGUUGAAGAGGGGAAUAACAAGAUUCAUCAAGUUAUUGAUGAUACAGAAGAAUUUAUAUCAGAUGCAAAGGCCAAGUCAUAUGAAGCUUUCGACAAUGCCAAGGGGACUUGUAACCAAGUAAAGGAGAAGACUUGCGAAUCCGCUGAAGGUGCAGGCAACAUGGCUUCAAAUGUUAAGGAUGCAGCAAUCGAGACGACUCGAGAAGCAGCCGAGAAGGGGUACGAAACGGCUAAGGAGGCUGCUAACAAGGCUACAUGGAUUAAGGAUGAAGCUGUCGAGAAAGCUCGACAAGCUGGUGAGAAGGUUCGAGACACGACAAAAGAGGGGUAUGAAACCGCUAAAGAGGCAGCUAAUAAGGCUUCGGCGAUUAAGGAUGAAGCUGUCGAGAAAGCCCGACAAGCUGGGAAGAAGGUUCGAGAAUCGACUAAAGAAGGCGUAAAGAAGGCGAGUGAGACGACAAAGAAUACGUCGAAAGUGAUGAAAGAUGGCGCAUCGAACGCGAGCAAGAAGGCGAAUGAGGCCGCAAACAAGGUGUCAGAAGCGACGAAAGAAGGAGCGAAGGAGGCGAGCAAGAAAGUGAAUGAGGCCACAAACAAGGUGUCAGAAGCGACGAGAGAAGGAGCAAAAAAAGUGAGCGAGAAAGCAAACGAUGUGGCAAACAAGGCAUCAUCAAUGAAAGAUGCAACCUUCGAGAAGGCCAAGGAAACGAAGGAGGAGGUCCAAGAGGGCGUAGAGGAAGCUUCAAAUAGGGUGAAAAACAAGGCACACGAACAAGUAGAAGCAGCCUCAAAGAAAGGCAACGAAGCCAAGGAUUACGCAACUCAAAAGGUCGAGGAUGUGAAGGAGACGGUAGGCAAUUCGACGCCCGAUAAGCAAAGGGCGGAGACGGGCGAAAAGAUGAGUUGGGCCAAGGAGAAGGCCAAGCAAGGAUAUGAUGCUGCUAAGAAGAAGGUUAGUGAUACUCUUCAAGGUGCCAAAGACAACGUUGAUGAAAUGCCUAUGAAUGAAGAACUUUGAGUAUGUGUUUGUGUUGUGAUUUCCUCUGUUAGGAUUAUGCCUCUGUCCUUGAAGACAAGGAAAUGAA